AUUGGUUAGAGUUUCAUUAUUCUUCAGAGCCAAUGAAAAACCCUUUUACAUCUAUGCGCGUUCACUCCGUGUUCAGAAUUUUGCUAUUUGUGAGGUUAAGAAGAAGUUAAAGAUGUUUAAAAAGAAAAUUCGAAGCGGCAAAGCUUUGCAAAGUGGAAGAAAAGUAGGUUUAGGUGUCGGAGGAUCGCGAAAUGCUAAAAGGUCGCAAGAUCUACGGUCUACUCUGACUCAAAAGCAGGUGAAAAAGGCUCAAGUUAGUAGCGCGUUCACGGGCAAGUCCAAAUCUAGCAGUUUGGUUGACGCGAGGCGAAAGAUUUCCUCUAAGAAAAACCAGGGUAGACCUCUUGUUCGUUCCAUUUCUUUGCUAGAAGAACGCAGGAAAGAACAAAGGCAAGAUUUACACCAGCAGAAUAGAUCGUUAUCGCUUUCAACUGGUGGCCAGAUUCAAAUCACGACAAAGCAAGAGGUCCCGCCAGACCGAUCAGCCACAAUGAUGGGGGACUCAAUCCGAAUCACAGCGAAAGUCGAGCGGAGUAAAGAAGAUUUGGAGCGAGAAGCAAACAUAAUUGCAGGGUAUCUUACAAUCACAGCUAGAAACGAGGCGGCGAAAAGAAAAGAGAGAGAAAACGAGGCGAAGAAGCGAGAGAGACAAAACGAAGCGAGGAAGAGAGAGCGGGAGAGGAAUGCCAAGAGAAGAGACAAGGAGAAGAGGGGUCAUGCAUCGUACAGUCAGAUGGCUGCAGAAAAUGACCUCUAUGCAACCAACGCCGAGGUUGACACUGGAGAUGGAUUAAGAGACAGUGUAUUUGAGGGGAGAUUGGAUCAUAGUCUAAAGAGCAACAGAUCUCAGACAGAAAAGGGACCAAUAUCAUCCAAACAAGAGAUACCUUCAAGCUGUAGAAUCACAGUCUCCAACUUACACCCAUUAGUUACUCAACAAGACGUUCAAGAACUCUUUGGUGUUGUUGGUGAGUUGAGGAGUUGUAAAAUGCUUGGCAGGGGAACUGCGGAGGUGGUGUAUUUACGAAAAGAAGAUGCUUUGUUUGCAUUUAGCAGAUAUCAUAACCGCAAACUUGAUGGCCAGCCCAUGCAGUGCAAGUUGAUCACCCUACCAUCAGCAUCGCUCUAUUCACCACCACCAGCCAGAUUACCUCCACUGCCUCCUUUACGUGCCACCCCUGCGGCACCUUCAAGACCACCCCCGAGAAGCCUUCCUGAGGAAAAGGAACAGGGGCAAACCACUCAGAGCUCAAGACCAGUAGUCUUCAAAGUCAGGAUAUAAUAAUGUGUUAAAUCGCGUUAAUCUCAGUGAAACAUUCUGCAAUAUUUUCGAAGAGUGCAGAACAACACCCCCAUUACUCACAUGAUGCAAGUUACUCGUCAUGUUUGCAUGUUUUGUGAGCAUGCAAGCUUGUAAAAGAUUUUCAUGAUAUUUCAUGAUUACGUAGAGAUAAUGAGCUCAGGGUUCAAUUGCAUUAAUUACUAACCAGUUUGUCUUGUACUUCAAAACUUUUUGUACUCAAAAAAUUCCAGUUGCUGAUGGGCUGCAUUGAUUUUGUAUAUUUUUAAUAAUGAAAGCUGCUAGUUGAGGCUUGAAAAAUCAAGAUUUGAAUGUGUUGUUUACAACGAAUGGAGCAGAUUUCAUCGCUCCUGAUUUUCAGCGGCACUGAACAUCAUCUUUCAGUGUUAAAAUGUAUGAGAUUAUUUCCAUAACUUGAAGCAGCCAUGAUGAAUCCCCAAAGUACAUGUCCUCAGGUGUCCCUCUUUCAUUGGCGCACAGUGUCUGUGGUGUUGUGGGCCUGCUGCACUUGAAUGCAACCUAACCAUCAAGCACAGCAGUCCUUGUUCCCUGCUCUUCAGCGACAAAACUCAGUGACACCUGGGCAUGAUGUAGUAUGUGCUAUAUAACAAGGGUUUGUCAUGUCAGGGUUCUUUCCCAAACAUUUCACAGAACUGAUGAGUAAUGAUUCGUUAUGCAGGGAGUCUUCAUUUUAUAGGGGUUUGUUAUAUUGAGGUUCUACUGUACUGUAUGAGUUGCCUAUAGUUCCCAGUGGAACCCACUGCCCAAAAUUUUAUUAUAAGACAGCUUUUUAUUGCUCAAUUGAUGUCUUCUAAAAUUUUUGGAGUGUUCAAUUAGAGUAUGGAUUGCAUUGACAAGUCUGACAAAGCCCAUAGGCUAGAAAAUGUUUUAGUUCAUAGCAGUGGAGGAAUUCCUUUGUGAUGUUGGUAAAGUAAGUGCCAAUGAGUUCCAUGUUGGUCUGGUAUGUGACACUAAUUUUUCUAUUCUUUGCUUGAAUAAAGUUUACUGUUUAGAUUG